AUGGAAUUCCAAGACGCUCCCCCGCCCCAGGGGCAAAGCAGAAUCCGAAUCGUCACGGUAAUGACAGCGCUGGCGCUGUCAAUGUUCGUGGCGGCACUCGAUCAAACAAUUGUUUCAACAGCUAUUCCGACAAUUGCAGCUCAUUUCCACUCAGCUGCUGGAUAUACGUGGAUCGGUGGUGCAUAUCUUCUUGCGAAUGCUGCCGGUGCAUGCAUUUGGGCCAAGCUUUCCGAUAUCUGGGGCCGGAAACCCAUCUUGCUCUUGGCGGUUGGGUGGUUCUUUAUUAGUUCGAUUAUUUGUGCCACUGCCGUUAAUAUGGAGAUGCUUAUUGCUGGUCGUGCCUUGCAAGGUGUGGCAGGUGGUGGGUUGCUCCAGCUUGUCACUAUUAUCAUUUCUGAUCUUUUCAGCGUGAGACACCGCAGUCUGUAUCUUGGUCUCAUGGAAGUGAUGUGGGCUUUUGCUGGAGGUAUCGGUCCAAUUCUUGGUGGUGCUUUCUCUCAAUACACCGGCUGGAGGUGGACAUUUUGGAUCAACCUGCCUGUUUCUGGUAUUACCUUCGUUCUGCUGUUCUUCUUUUUGGAUGUGCACAAUCCCAAAACGAAGAUUAUGGAUGGUAUCCGGGCGAUUGACUGGUUUGGCAGUCUUUCAGUCUUGGGUCUCACCCUGAUGCUCUUGUUAGGGCUGGACUUUGGAGGAGAAACAUUCGCCUGGAAAUCCCCGCAGGUCAUUUGCCUGAUCAUUUUUGGUUCUUUGUGUUCCUUGCUGUUUGUUUACAGCGAGAAGAAGCUUGCAAAGUAUCCUCUGAUGCCGUUGGACAUAUUUGCUCGUCUAUCAAACGUUGCUACGCUUGCAGUGGCUUUUGCGCACGGAUUCGUCUUCAUUGCCGGUGAAUACUACAUUCCCCUUUACCUGCAGUCAGUGCACCAGGCAUCCCCAAUGCGAUCAGGUGUCCUGAUCCUCCCUCUCGUCAUCACCGAAGCCUGCGGAGGUAUGCUCUGCGGUGCCAUUAUCCAUCGCACUGGCCGAUACCUUGAGCUAAUCUGGGUGGGUCUUGUUCUUCUGACAAUCGGAAACGGGCUAUAUAUCAACCUCGACGUCACAUCCUCCAUAGGAGAGAUCGUGGGCUACCAAAUUCUCAGCGGCUUCGGUGCCGGUUUCCUCUUCCAAACACCCAUCAUCGCUAUCCAAGCCAUGGUCUCCCAAGAGGACACCGCUACCGCUACAGCUACGCUUGGAUUCAUUCGUAACAUGGCAACUGCCUGCUCCAUUGUUAUCGGCGGUGUCGUCUUCCAGAAUAGCAUGGGUGAACAGCAGUCGAACCUUUUGGCUUCUGGAAUGUCUGAAUCGAUGGCAAACAGGAUGUCUGGAGAUGCUGCCGCUGCAAGUAUUGAAUAUAUCAAGGAUAUUACGGACCCCGCGCAGCUACUUGCUGUGAAGGAGGCUUUUGCUUGGAGUUUGCGCAACAUGUGGAUUCUGUAUACGUGCAUGUCUGUUGUUGGUGUUUUCUGCUCUGCUUUCAUUCUGAAGGCUAAGUUGAGCAAGGAGCAUGUGGAGACCAAGACGGGGUUGAACAUUGAGAAGGCGCCUGCUGAGAAUGUACAUAGUGUCUAG